AUGUUUCUCUCUGCUCUGUCACUGUUCUCACUACUACUGUCAUUGGUGAUGGGAGCUCCAGCUGCAGUGCCAAUGGAAACUCCAGUUCGAAAUUGGGGACCUUCGUGGGCAGCCUCGUGUGCCCGUGGGACAUCCAUGGUGGUAUCUUGUCGAGUAGUGGAUAGCACUGACAAACACAAGAAUGAGGACGAACACAGCAGUAGUGAUGUCAGGAAUAACGGCAUUUUAUUAUUACUCCGAUCGACCACACCUCCCACAGUGGCCACCAAGUUGCAAUACCAGAAAGAUUUGUUGUCGUCCAGCACAAUCUCAUGGACGGAAUUGCCCGCCGCCACAUUAUCUACCAGCAACUUUACGGACGUGUCACCCAUGCGAUUGGAGAAAAAACCUCUGGAAGAGUUCCGUUCCGUCAUGGACGAUUCUCACGGUUGUUUUUGGACUCCUUUUGGGGCGAGUGCACUGUGCGCCAUGACGGGCCUUUCCUCGGAUGUUACCCAUCUCUGUCGCGUCGUCCAACGCCGCGUCCACACCCACCGUACCGACUAUGAUGUUUCGCCCAUGGCAACGUCCUCCUUGACCCAAGCCAUGUCUCGGACGGUCCGUGAAUCCACCAUGGCGGGACGACCGUUUGGAUUGCAAGCUUUGGUGGUGGGGAAACAACAGCAUGCAAGUAGUAACAACAAUCCACCACUCCACGUCUACUCGAUCGAUCCCAGUGGCGCCUGGCGGUGUUGGGGCAGUGGAUGUACGGCCAUUGGAAAAUUAGCCGAAUCCAUUCGCCGACACUUGUAUGGAGGACUCGUGGCCAGCAGUUCCAGCAAUCCAAACAAUAAUAUUCAUCCCCAAGUGGCCAUGGAAAUUGCCAUGCAAGCCAGUGUCACGGCGUCGCAAGAAGCGUCCUUGAAUCAAGACAAUGAUCAGUACGAUGCCGUCUUGUUUUGGGUGGAUGAUGUGACGGGGGCAUGUCAGGUGGCUACCGUUGAUCCGCAAUGGGUGCAGGAUUGUCGGGACAGAGUGACCAAAUCUUUGCUGGAGGAGCAGGUAUGA